ACCCCUGGAAUGACCACAGCUGUUUCGUUUUAAUCUUAAAUAUCUGCCAUAUGCUGUCAGUAUGGGGAAUAUAAUCCAUUUACUCAUAUAUUUGUGCACACUUUAUCUUUCCUUUAUUUUUAGCACUAAUGUGAAUCUGCACAGGCGGCAAUGGAUACCAGCACAUAACAGGACCAUUGGCACUGUUGCUAAUAAUAAUAGAAGGGUCAGAGCUGUCAACAGACCAAUGCCUAUCGACUGCAAACUGGGGAGCUGGUCAACAUGGACACCAUGUAACCCUUGCACUGACCAAAAGUCCCGUUUCCGCUAUCUGGAGAAACCAUCACAAUUUGGUGGGACACUGUGCUUUCAGCCGCUGUGGGAGACACUUGCGUGUCCAAGAAUAACUGCACAGUGUUUGGUGCCAGAUUACUGUGGUGAGAGCUUCACCUGCAAAGAAACAGGCCGCUGUAUCAGCCAUUCUCUUCGCUGUAAUGGAGAGGCAGACUGUGAUGAUUUUUCAGAUGAAGAUGGUUGUGAAGACAUCAACCAGAGAAAUGACAAGUGCUCAACUCUUCUUACUAUUCCUGGUGCUGAGCGUGGCACUCAGGGCUACAAUGUCUUGACUGGAGAAUUUGUGAAUCACGUACUUGACUCAAAGUACUUUGGAGGAAAGUGUGAGUAUGUGUACAACGGAGAAUGGAGAAAGUUCACCUAUGACUCAUUCUGUGAAAACCUGCACUACAACGAAGUUGAGAAAAACUACAGGAAACCUUACAACUACCAUGCCUACAGCUUUGUGGCAGAGGCUACAUCGGAGGGAACUCAGGAAUAUUACGGUGAUGUGGUGAGCCUGUUAAAUGCAAGAAAAUCUACGCGAUCCUCCAACGCAGGCGUCUCAGUUGGUGUCUAUUAUGUACAAGUAGGGCUGAGUGGAAGUGAAGAGUCUGAGUUUCUAAGGAAUGUGUCACAGCAUAAAAAACAGGACCUUGGGUUUAUCAGGCUUUGGUCCACAGUGGGAACAGCUUAUUUCAAGAUGAGAAGUAACAGGCUGAUGCUUUAUGAGGACUUCCAACUGUCUUUGAUGGAACUUCCCGAGCAAUAUGAUUUUGGCAUAUAUUCCCGUUUCUUCGACUCGUUUGGGACCCACUAUGUCACUGAGGGAAAAAUGGGAGGAACUCUUGAAUAUGUGGUGGUGGUCAACAAAACAUCUAUGACUCAGUCAAAACUUGAAUGGAAACAAGCUGGUUCAUGCAUAGGUGCCUCUCUUGGUUUGAGUGCACCAGUUGCCAGCUACGGCCAAGCAGAUUUGACUGUGGGGGGCCAUAUAUGUAAAAAAGACGGACCCUUAUCACAUGUCACAGACAGUGGCGCCGCUGUGAUUAAGGACAUUAUCACACUGGUGAAGGGGGGUCACGCAGACACCAGCAGUGGCUUGUUGGCCAUCAGGAGUCCUGACACUUAUCGCAAGUGGGGGGCGAGCAUUAAAUCUAACCCGACUGUCGUUGAAUAUGAGAUCAUGCCAAUCCAUGAACUUGUGCGUCUCAGCACAGCUUCUGAUCAAGUCGGCGCCAGACUGGCUAACCUACGGAGGGGACUGGACGAGUAUCAGCAGCAGUUCAGCUCUUGCCGCUGCGCAGCAUGCAGGCACAACGGGAUCCCUGUGCUCACUGGGACAUCAUGCAGCUGCAUCUGUAAGCCAGGAUACCAAGGAAACGCCUGUGAGGACACUCUUCGAGCUGGAACUGGAACUGAUGGAUCGUGGUCCUGCUGGGGAGUUUGGUCUGCUUGUACAUCAGCGAGGAAACAGCGUACCAGAGCCUGUAAUAAUCCACCACCUUCUGGAGGUGGAGCUACAUGCCUGGGCUCCUCCUCUCAGACUCAGCGCUGUUGAAAUAAAGUGUUUCCUAAUGGGAUUAAGAGUGUAACGGUAUUUGUAUUCCUCCCGUACCGUCAAGGUACAGGCCUCACGGUUCGGUACACGCAGCCAGAUAGCAAAUACGUUUGACUAAAAGCGGUAGUGGUAAUGUGCUGAAACCAACAACCAACAUUACGAUAAAAAGAAGACAAACCUAAACAAACAUUCACUCUUUGUAGUGUAAUAAUUAUACAUUGUGUCAUACAUAUGAAUUAACAGAGGGAUUUCUCUUCCCUUGAGUAAACACAGGAUCCAGACUUAUUAUUUACGCACUGCGCAUCUUUACUCACCCAAUGGACUAAUGGACUCAAGAACUAUUUGCAAUCGUGGUGUCAGUUGACCCACAAGUUUUUACGCCUGUGAAUCACACCAAUAGGAGCGUCUCGUUGCUACAUCGAACGCACCAAUUGGAGCAUUGUGUUACCACACCAUUGUUACUCUAAAAUAUUUUCAAAUCAGGAAUUUUUUUUUUUUUUUUUUUUUUGCUAAAGCCCUAGGCUGAAGUAAUUCCAAAACUGAGCGAGUGUUAAUUUUUGCAGUAUUUCAAGAUACGCUUUUUCAGGUAUAAAACGAUUUGCACAUCUGGCGAGUGCUACCUGAUUUUAUCUGUAACCACAGUCGAUCCCUACAAAAAAGGGUGUUUUCUGUUUUUGCACGUAAACUGUGAAUUAAAAAAACGUUCACAAGUUUAAUGUUUUCUUCUAUUUAUUUUGCACUUCAAUAAGAACUGCUUUUAGGUUUUACCCAAUAGAACAAACUCUUAACUUUCAAAUACUGUGAUAAAAAAAAAAAAAACUGUUUUGUUUUUCCUGUUGUACCGAACCGUGACUCCUGUAGGUACAUAACGAACGAUGACUUGUGUGUACCGUUACAGCC